AGGCGGAAGGAGAAGGAGAAGGAGAAGAAGGGAUGAAUAGAAGGAGGUAGAGGAGGAGGAGGGCGGGGAGAGGCCUGAGCCGAGCUGAGGAGAAGCUGCAUCUGCCGGAGAACAGGAGGAAAGAGGAGGAGGUGAAGAAGAGGAGGGAGGAGGAGAGGAAGAGGAAGGUGCUGCUGUCUGAGGAGGAACCAUCAACCUCAGCUGUCAUGGACAAAUAUCGACCAAAAAGACCAACCACUCUGGAUCUGUUCCCACAGCUACCACCUGCUGGCACCCAGGAUUCCAUCAACAACAACUCUCUGGGAAAGAAGGACAGCUGGAAGGAGUCUCACUCUUCUUCCCCACAUAUCACAGCGGCUGUCCCUCCCUCAGACGUCAAACCUAAAGCAGAGGACAAAGUCCGGCACAGCACGCGGCGCCCCGCCCCCAAACCACCCACAGCCAAUGAGGGCAGAACCAAGAGUCAGGCGGUCACAACGGACGCACGCACGCGCCUGCGGGACAAACAGGCGUCUGUGUCCAGUAGUCCAAGGAGUCAGCGGAGAGGAGGAGGAGCUGGAGGAGGAGCUGGAGGAGGGAGAGGAAAAGGAGGAGCAGCAGCCAUGAUGAAAGAGAGGAGUACAGUAGACGUCAGAGGGAAGGACGGAGUGGCGACAGGGAGGGAGGACAAGAGGACGGGGAGACUGUGUGCAGAGUCCAGGGCCAAGGACAGGGACAAGAACUCGCUUCAGAGGACCAGAGACACCAACGCAGCCAAGAACCGAGGAGCUGAGGCCAGAGCGAAGAGAGGAGCCGCGGGGAGGACCAGCACCCUGCCGCCGGCCAGCCAGGAGGUUUACCUACCCGCCAUGGUGGUUCCACGCACACCUGUAGCACCCAGGAACCAGGACAAGAACCCAGAACCAGUCCAGAGUCACGACAGGAGCCAGGAUCCUGCUCCGGUUCUGUCCCGGUCCAGCAGUGAGGGCGGGUCCAACAGAAUGUCCCUCAGCUCAGACACAGAAGGACCUCCACCAGAACCGCUGCACCCCUCUGUGUCCAACAGAACCAACCCGGACAUCAGCGAAGAGGAGGCUGAGGGAGACCCCACCCACAACAGUCCCGCCCUCUGUGUGACAGGAAGUGAUCCACCACCACAAAUGGACUGUACCAAAUUGGAGGUGGAUGGAGACGGAGGGGUGUGUGUGUCGAGUUUGAACUAUGACUCGGUGAAAUACACACUGGUGGUGGAUGAAGACGCUCAGCUGGAGCUGGGCAGCCUUAAAGACUGUUUACACCGUCACCAUGACGACAAGGACGACAGUGACGCAGAGACGGUAUACCAGUCGGCCAACGAGGACGAGGAUCCCGAGUACGAGGAGGAGAGGAAGAGGACAGAGGAGACGAGGACGCAAGAAAGAAGAAAGGAAGAAGAGCAGCCGAGGAAAUGGAGGGAUGAGGAGGUGAGGCGGAGGAGGGAGGAGGAGGUGAAGAGGCGGCGCGAUGUCGUAGUUUCCAGGUUCUUCAGGACCAAGGUCACAUCACAGGACCAGGAGGCUCAAACAGGAAGAGGCGGAGCUACCAGGAGCAGGAAGUUCCUCAACCUCUUCACUGACAACAGCGGCCAUUACAGUGCUACAGGUGCCGGCUCAUUCAGCGUCUUCUCCUGUGUACUGGACGGCGUGGAGCGACCGCAGAGUCACAGAGCCGCCUACAGGUUUGUCCCUCGUCAUGCAGACGAGCUUCACCUGGAGACGGAUGACCCGCUGUUACUGCUGAGUCAGUCUGAGGAUCUGUGGUGUCAUGGUUACAACAUGAGGACGGGAGCCAGCGGCGUCUUUCCUGCGUUCUACGCUGUCAAGUUAGCCAAAGAGAACAACCAAGCGCACAGAGACGGUCGCGUCGAACACUUUCACGUCCGAUUCCUGGGUUCAGUUCAGGUUCCUGUUCACAAAGGCAGCAACGUUCUGUGUGCCGCCAUGCACAAGGUUGCAUGUAACAGACGUGCAGCAGCUCAGGCUCCGCCUCCAUGUGUUCUGGAGAUCAGUGUGAGAGGAGUGAAGAUCAACGUUCACGACCAGUGUCACUCUGACCACAGGGGAGAGCAGUGUUUUCAUUUCUUCCAGCUGAAGAACAUCUCGUUCUGUGGUUGUCAUCCUAAACACAGCAGGUACUUCGGUUUCAUCACCAAACACCCCGACCAACAGCGCUUUGCCUGUCAUGUGAUGAUGUCAGACACGACAUCACAUCCUCUCGCCAAAUCUUUAGGGAGGGCGUUCCAGCAGUAUAUUAAAGACAACAUCAGCUACUCCUGUCCCACUGAAGACAUCUUCAUUGAAUAAGCACUGAGUCAUGAUGACGAGCAUGUGAGCCUGGACUGCUGCGCUCAGUGUUUCACAGUACAGAGGUCACAUGAUCACAUGAUCACAUGAUCACAUGUAACAUAAAUCCAUCCACACUGAUAUAUUUUAUAGGAAAGAAUGAAUAUAUGCAACGACACAGAAACCAUGCAGCGGCGUCACGAGUCACAUUUUAUAAUUGAUUAGAGGGACACUACAGGUGUUUUUGAAGUGUGGACACUUUGCUACGAGUACGGAAAACAUGGCUGCCAGCAAAGACGCUUAACACAAACCGGAUUUUUAGCCACCUAACCAAACACUCGGCUAAUAAAAUCUAUGUCGGAUUGAGUCUACGAUAUCCAGGUCACAUGAUCACGUCUGUAUCUCCCUGUGAGACAGACGUCUGUAAACCACUCACUCUCCCACACCAAACCUCGGAGAGAAAACCAGUGAUUUUAACUGUGAGGACACAGGAGCUGCUGGCCCUCUGCUGCCUCGUGUGGUCACUUUGUGUCACUGAGGUCAAACUGAAGGAAGGAUUUCCAAUCCUGAAUAAUACAAAAUAAGACGUUUAAACUUAGUGACGGAGGCAGCAGUGGAUCGUGUGUGUGUGUUUUGUUAAAUCACUGGUUUUCUCUGUGGACUUUGGUGUGGGAGAGUGAGUGGUUUACAGACAUCUGUCUCACGUUGAGAUAAAGACAUGAUCAUGUGACCUGGAUAUCAUAGACUUAGAAGAAUGACCAAUAGGAGGCAAACUCUCUCUCUAAACUGGACAUGAUUGGUCAAAUUAUCAAAAGAAGAAGGAGGAGUCUAGUUUGUAAAACACUCACUCUCCCACACCAAAGUCCCCAGAGAAAACCAGUGAUUUUAACAUCACACACACACACACACACAUGAUCCACUUCUGCCUCCAUCACUUAGUUCAAAUGUCUGAUUUUGUCAAUUUGGCUUUUAAAAUAUUUCAUUUAGACUUAACUCAGUGACAUAAAGUGACCACACGAGGCAGCAGAGGACCAGCAGCUCCUGUGUCGCCCCAGCUAAAAUCACUGAUUUCCUCUCUGGACUUUGGUGUGAGAGAGUGAGUGGUUAAAUGUUGGAGAUGAACACAUGUUUUCAGCAUUUUUCAGUCUUUUUUACUUUGAUCUACAGUUGGACAUUGUUGACUUUGACGUCGCACUCAUGACUCUUCAGUGACGACACUCUCUGACCAAUCAGAGGCCGGCGUCUGUUGACUGGAACCUCUUCAGAGCAGGGACUAAAAAUAAGCCCCAUUACACUUACACGAUACAUUUUUAUCGACUCAUUUGAUCCUUGACAUUAAACUAUUCCGACUUAAAGGUUACAGUAUUAUGAAUUAUGGACCAAAGAUGACUUUAAGAUCCCAGAUUUCAUUGAAAGUUAAUCUGCUCCACCUCCUGACAAAAGAAGUGAGAAGUCAAUUAUUAUUAUUCUUUUUAUUGAAAAAAACAACAGUGCCUUUUUUUUCUCGGUUUGUGUGUUUGGUGAAGUUUUUGUCUCCAGUCAAACUCAGAUCCCUUCAUUCUUCAUUCCACUGCCGUGGAGUGUCGGUGUAUUCCAUUUACAGUCAGAACUCGGAAACUCGGAGCAACUUCCCCAACCCUGACAUGGGACUUCAAAAUGGCUGCUCGUACAAACUCUGCUACUUUUACCGUUUAUUUCACUUCUGUUGUGUUUGUUUCGCAGUAAAUACGGAACUGUUCAGCCUUUUAAAAUAAUAACAGCAGCUAACAGUGGCUAACAACAGUUAACAGCAGCUGUAACAGAGGCUAAUAGUGGCUG